AUGGGAAUUCUAGAGAAAAUUAAAGAGAUAGAGGCCGAGAUGGCCAGAACCCAAAAGAACAAGGCAACUGAGUAUCACUUAGGUCAACUAAAAGCUAAAUUAGCCAAAUACCGGUCACAGCUUCUUGAAGCUCCAAAGGGAGGAAAGAAAGGGGAGGGAUUCGAUGUACAACGACAAGGCGAUGCAAGAAUAUGCUUAAUCGGGUUUCCCUCAGUGGGAAAAUCUACACUUUUAUCAAAAAUAACCAAUACAACGUCAGAGAUAGCUGACUAUGAAUUUACCACCUUAACGUGCAAGCCAGGAAUAAUAAGCUACAAAGACUCAAAAAUUCAGCUUCUUGAUUUACCUGGGAUCAUUCAAGGGGCUUCAGAAGGGCGUGGAAGGGGGAGACAAGUAAUAGCUGUUGCAAAGUCGUGUGACAUGAUUAUGAUGAUUCUAGACGCAACAAGGGAUAAUAGUCAAAAAAUAAAAUUAGAAAAUGAACUUAAAACAGUGGGCAUACGAAUAAAUCAAGAGCCUCAAAGGAUCACAUUAACAAGAAAGAAGACCGGAGGUGUUGUCAUAAAUAGCACGGUCCCAUUAACCAAGUUGGAUAAUAAACUUAUAAUGAGCAUACUUCAUCAGUAUAAAAUACACAAUUGCAACUUGUUAUUUAAUGAAGAUGCAACGGUUGAUGAUCUCAUUGACAUUAUUGAGGGAAACAGAAAAUACAUAAAGUGCAUUUAUGUGUACAACAAAAUUGAUAUGCUUCCUUUGGAGGAAAUUAACAACAUUGCUUCAGGCGAAAAUACUGUUGUGAUAAGCAGCAGCAAGUCAUGGAACUUGGAUGUUUUGAAAGAAUAUAUAUUUCAAAAAUUGGAAAUUAUUCGCGUGUAUACCAAAGUUCGCAAGGAAAAACCUGACUUUACGAAUCCUAUCACGUUAACUAGACAGAGGGGUAGUCAAACUGUAGAAGCUGUGCUUAAUCAAAUUCAUAAAGACAUGAUUAAGGAUUUUAAAUUUGCACUUGUUUGGGGAAGAAGCACGAAGCACAAUCCCCAGAGAGUUGAUUUACAUCACAAAUUAGCUGAUGAAGAUGUUAUUCAGAUUGCGAAAAAUGGCUAG